AUGGUUUCCCAACGAGUCACUUACCGCCGCCGCAACGGCUACAACACCACCUCCAACCGAACCCGGGUCAUCAAGACCCCCGGUGGUGACCUCCGCCUGCUUCACAUCAAGAAGCGCGGCACUGUCCCCAAGUGCGGUGACUGCGGCUCCAAGCUCUCUGGCAUUCCCGCUCUCCGACCCCGCGAGUACUCCCAGAUCUCCAAGCCCAAGAAGACCGUCCAGCGCGCCUACGGUGGUUCCCGAUGCGGUGGCUGCGUCCGUGACCGCAUUGUCCGUGCCUUCCUCAUCGAGGAGCAGAAGAUCGUCAAGAAGGUGUUGAAGGAGCAGGAGCAGAGCCAGAAGAAGAAAUAA